AUGAUUGUGCAUCUCUUUGUUCUAUUCCUCUGCUCAAAAUUAGUAGUAUUGUCUGGAGCCAGACUGCAUGGAAAUGAGAACGACCGGUUGGCACUUCUAGCUGUGAAGGAAGGACUAAAGCAAAAUCCUAGCGGGGCUCUUAGCUCAUGGAACAACAGUAACCAUGUCUGUGACUGGGAGGGAGUGACAUGCGGCAGCAAGCAUCCAGAGAUAGUCAUAGCUCUCAACCUAAGCAACCAUGACUUGCAAGGCUCCAUAUCUCCAUUCAUAGGUAACCUUUCUUUUCUCAGAAAGAUAGAUCUCAUGAACAACGCUCUCCAGGGAAAUAUCCCUGGUGAGUUAGGCCGGUUGCACAAACUGCAAUUUCUCAAUCUUGGCAACAAUUCACUUCAUGGUGCAAUACCUGCCAACCUGAGCCAUUGUUCCAGUCUCAAAACUAUGGUAUUAGAGUACAACCAACUUGGUGGUGCCAUCCCUGUGGAGCUUGGAUCAACACCAAGGAAGCAACAAUCUCACUGGAGUUAUUCCUCCUUCAUUCGGGAAUCUCUCUACUCUUAUGUUAUUCUCUUGCAUUUGUUUAAUCUCUCGUCCUUGUUUUACUUCAGUGUUGGUAAAAAUCACCUCCAUGGCACCCUUCCACCAAAUUUAGGCAUCCAACUUAUGAAUCUCCAAGUCCUUUAUUUAACCGACAAUCAAUUUAGUGGACCCAUUCCUGCUUCAUUGCCAAAUGCCUCCAGUCUCCAGGAGAUUGAUUUAUCACUAAACAAUUUUAGCGGAAAAAUUCCUAGCAACUUUGGGAGUUCACAGAGUCUAGUUAAUAUCCGUCUCACUGAUAAUCAACUUGAAGCAAACAAUGCUGAUGAUUGGAAGUUUCUUGAUUCUUUGGCCAACUGCAGCCAGUUGCAAGUCCUGCUUUUGGGUUUCAAUCAGCUAGGAGGCAUAUUCUCUAGCUCCAUAGCCAACCUCUCAACCACACUACUACAGACUCUUAGCAUUGCAUUUAACCCAAUAACAGGCAGUAUACCUUCAGAGAUACAAAACCUAGUUAAUCUAAAUGAUUUACGUAUGCCAUACUGUAUUCUUACCGGUGAGAUUCCAGAUAGCAUUGGAAAACUUGCUGGUUUGCAGUUGUUGAGCUUGCCUGGCAACCAGUUUACAGGGAAAAUCCCCUCCUCCAUUGGCAACUUGACUCUGUUGAACACCCUUUACUUGUUUGAAAAUGGCUUAGAGGGUCCCAUACCUGCAAGCAUUGGGGAACUUCAGCAGCUAAGGCUCAUGGUACUUCGCAGCAAUAGGCUUAAUGGAAGCAUACCCAAAGAAGUGCUCAAACUGCCAUACCUAUCACAACAACUUGAUCUGUCUGACAACUACUUGGAAGGACCUCUUCCCCUUAAGGUUGGUAGCUUAAAGAACCUCAUGAGGUUGGCUAUUAAUGGGAACUUGUUGUCUGGUGAAAUCCCCACAACACUUGACCAAUGCCAGAGCAUGGAAUAUCUCUUUUUGGAUAACAACUUGUUUCAAGGAACCAUCCCUUCAGCAUUAACUCAAAUGAAAGGACUUACAAUGCUAGGCCUCUCAAACAACAGAUUGUCAGGUGCCAUUCCUCCAUCAUUUAGCAACCUAAGAGGCCUGCAAACGAUGGAUCUUUCAAACAAUAACUUGUCAGGGUCCAUCCCAGAGUCUUUACAAGACCUCCGUUCAUUGAUCUACUUGAACCUAACUAACAACCAGCUGACAGGCAAUGUUCAGGGUAUUACAGCUAUAGUCUUUGAAUACAUGCCUAAUGGGAAUUUAGAGACAUGGCUACACCAUGGAGACAACGAGCAUCAACAAUUGAAUCACCUAAGCCUAAUUCAAAGACUGAACAUAGCAAUUGGUGUAGCUGAUGCAUUGGAUUAUCUUCACCACUACCUGCCACCCACCACUCAUUCAUCAUGCACUCUAAAGCCGAGCAAUGUCCUCCGUGACAAUGACAUGAAUACUCACCUUGGUGACUUUGGGCUAGCGGGUUACUCUCGAGGUGUGAGCAAAUCCUUACGGGAUUCAAGUAGCUCCAUCGCCAUCAAAGGAACAAUUUGA